UCUAAAAAUGAAAAAGUAUUUAGCGAAUUUCUUAACAAUUUUGACAUAUUUUUCAAUUUAUUUAUUAAAUCCAAACAUAACGGCGGGAUUAGAAAACACAAAAGAAAAAAUUGUAGUUCAAGAUAAAAAUACAAAAGAAACGAUUAUCCGCAAAAAACGUCAAUUCUCCCGAUACAUUUGUGGUAUUCCCCCAUAUAUUUUUCAUUCAGAUUGGCCAUGUCCAAUGUGGGGUCUUUGCGCAAAUCAUGGGUUUACAACUAAUUUGCCAUGCACAGAUAAUAAGGCUUGCAUUGAGAAGAAUCCAAGCACAGAAUGCGUGCAAGGAACAUGUUGUACAAUUCCCGUGGUUGCUGGAGGACCAACCGGCAACGUUCAAUUUCUUUCUCCAUCUGUUACUCCCGCUAUUUGGCCCUGGCCAAUAACAACAACUGUAAAAUCAGAGGGGCAAUCAGAAAAGAGAACUCAUCGACUUUAUCAAAUUUUACUGAUGGGGUUCUUGUCAUUUAUUCACGUUUAUUUUUUAACUUUUCUAGAUUUCUUAGUUUUAUUGUAG